UUGUUCUUCACUUCGCUGGUCGACUCUUCUCAGAUUCUCCUCCCUAAAUUUUUGCUGGUCAAAUCUGGGAGCUUAUUCACCGACAUUUUGCUCAUAUAAUAUCUACUGCCUCUACGAAGCCAUACUCCUUUUUCCCAUGAUGUAUCUUAACGUCUUCUUCAAGUUGUACCUCAUUAUAUUGGUUGCUGCUCUGACAGUGUGUGCUGCACCUCAUACACUGUCCAAACGUGAACCAGGCGAUUACUUGAAUCCCUAUGUUAAAAAUUUGCAGACUCGCGGUGCAGGACUAUUUGGCGCAAAAAAUACCGAUGGCGAUGGUGAAAUGAUCGAACUACAACCGCUCAGGACAUGCAAACUUGAGAUCAGGUCUCUUUCGUAUUUCGAUAAGAAAACGGUCGACAUAAGCUUUGUCGAGGACCUCGUUCUCAAAGCCGCACAAGAACGGAACUUAUUCGACGGUGCCCAUGUGGAAUUUGUCCCCGAGUGGAAAUACAGCUCGGAGCAGUGUCCUUCGGAGCCUAUCGUGCUCAAUGUUAACCCAGUUGAUGUGAAGCAAGGAGUUAAAUGUGCCAGUGAUUUGUCGGUGGAAUUGGGUAGGUCAGAUUCUCGUAAUCAUUACGUGGUCUAUGCCCUAGAUGGUAGCACCCAAAAAAAUGUGAAGAUUUUGAGCAAGGGAAAUCCUUGGGGAUUGUCAUGAGGAAAGGAAUUGACUUUGACUUCUAUGUCGAGAUAUUGGCUCGUGAUGGGUAAUACGGUAUAUUCUACCUGUACUAUCUACACCAACGUCGCCAUCUUCUCCGCAUUUCAUUAUGCUGUCUCGACGCAGGGUUUAGAGAUUUCCCUCUUAUCAUAAUAUCAAGAGAUUUGUUUUAAAGGUUUUGAAGGUUCAUGCAUCAUGUUUAAACUUUGUUUUUUUCGAACAAAAUGAGGCAGUAAAAUCCGGACUGUUCAAUGAGUUCUUGUCGAGAUAUUUGCAUUGUCAACGUUCUUUCCUGUAAUGUUCAAAGCUCAAACUAGUAUCAGCGUAUUUCUCCUGCGUGCCAAUGGUUACACCGGCGGGUGGUUUUGAUGGAGGUCUACUUUUACAUGCCUAUAACUACGUAAAUGAUACUUACUCUUUGUGUGUUACAGGGAAAUUUACUGUACCUACAAGAAUUACUUCGACGCUUAGGAUAGAAA